CGUGUGUUUCCAAAAUGGCGGCAGCGAUGGAUGUGGAUACCCCGAGCGGCACGAACAGCGGCGCGGGCAAGAGGCGCUUUGAAGUGAAAAAGUGGAAUGCAGUAGCCCUCUGGGCCUGGGAUAUUGUGGUUGAUAACGGUGCCAUCUGCCGGAACCACAUUAUGGAUCUUUGCAUAGAGUGUCAAGCCAACCAAGCGUCUGCUACUUCUGAAGAGUGCACCGUUGCGUGGGGAGUCUGUAACCAUGCCUUUCGCUUCCACUGCAUCUCCUGCUGGCUCAAAACACGGCAGGUGUGUCCGUUGGACAACAGAGAGUGGGAAUUCCAAAAGUAUGGGCACUAGA